ACAUUAUAGUACGUAUACAUUCAAUUGUUAUGUACAAAUUGAAUUUAGUAAAAAAAAGUGUCGUUAAGUGAUCAGUUGAUUAAAAAGUAUUCACAAUGCAAAAAAAUUGGCUAAACGAUGUGCUGUCUAAUUUGUGUACAAAUUGUGUUAAUGAUUUUGGAGAAGAAUCUGUGUAUCAAGAAUUUGAACCUGACGAAUUCAAUGAUAGUAAAUGAUCUCAUCUGGACGGGUACAACUCAAAUCAAUUUUAUGGGAAAAUUAUCUACAAAGAUAAACACGGAAAUAUUCGUAAAUCAAAACCAGUCGUAGUCAAACGCGCACUGAAAUUACCACGUAUGAAAAUUUCUCUUUCAUUUUCUUUUAUAAACGAAAUGAAUUUCUAUACAAAAAUUGCGCCAGCAUUGAGCACUCUUGACGUAACAUUCUUGUCAAUGUUUCCUAAAUUUUAUCAUGGUGAGGUGACAUUCAAUGCUGACGGGGACCAGUCGACAAUAAUUAUGGAGAAUUUGAAAGCCAGAGGUUACAGAAUGUCGGAGAAGAAAGCAUUCCUCAGUUAUCAACAUUUAAAUUUAAUGAUGCGUAAACUGGGACAAUUUCACGCUUAUUCUUACAAAGCUAAAAAAUCUAUCCCUAAUUUAUUUUAUCCAUUGGCUUACAAUUUAUUGGAAACUCAUCCAGACAUCACUAAGGAAUCAUUUGAUAUAUUAUUAAUUAGCGGAGAACGCGGAUUAGAUGACUUAAGGAGAGAUCCCAAAUACGUGAAAUAUGCUUCAAGAAUUCACACAAUGUUGGAGAACUCGAACGAUAUAUUUGAAAGAAUUCUCACAUGUGAUCAAACUAAUUCAACAUCGACUAUAGUUCAUGGUGAUUAUUUAAGAAAUAAUGUGAUGUUCAAAUACGAAAAUAAUAUCCCCAAUGAUUUAAUAAUGAUUGACAUGGCAACAUUACGGUAUGGUUCACCUGUUCUCGAUCUGGCCUCAGUUUUGUACAUAAAUGCUGAUCAGGAUACCAGAGAUAAGCACUGGGAUGCUUUAAUAGACGCGUAUUAUGCCGCAUUAAAGGAUACUUUUGUUGAGAAUGAAAUUCCUAGUAAGAAUGAAAUAUUGUCAGAAUUCAUCGAUAAAUCAUUUUUUGUGUAUUUGAUCGCGUCAACGUUUGUGAUGUUCCUCAUGGCUGCUGAUAAUGAUGAUCUGCCUAUCGACACAAACGAUGGUUUCCAUCCUGAAACAAUUACUAGAGAAAUCGCCAUUGAAUGCCAUUUAAAGCUUGGUGGAAAACCAGCUACACAAGCUUUAAGUAAUAUCCUGACAGAUAUGAUCGAUAGAGGGUUCAUUUGUCAAUAAUCCGGUUCGUCUAGUCCAUUUGUACAUAAAUAAUUAAUUUUUCGGUAAAUUUCUGUUUCAAAAAUUUUUUCUUCUUAACUAUUUUGCAUUAGGUAUAAUUAAGCCAAAACAUCGAAAGAUAUGAUAAUUUCUGAAAUUGGGGAAAUAUUUUGGAAUGAAGGCAUGUAGAUUUUUUGGUUCUUAUUGCUAAUUUCAAAAAAUUGAAAAAAAUAACCCCCCAACUUACCAAUUUUUUCAGUUUUUUAAAGUUUGCAAAAUCACCAAAAAAUUAGUAUCACUAAUUCCUUCCAUUAUGAGAUAUUGACCUGUCAAGAUAAGUAGAAUAAAAUUUCUUCAGAAGGUGUGAAAAUUAAUGUUCCCUGCUAAAAAUCGAGUUGUGGCUCAUUCUCGACCUGUCUAGAAGCAUUCAUUCACAUUUUUCUUCAUUUCUAGGUGGACACUUUUAGUAUGUUUUUUUAUUCUGCGUUUCAAGACGAAUUUUCAUCAUUUAUUUUUUACUUAUUAAAUAUGUACAUACCUACAAAUACACAAUAAUUUUUUUUUAUGCAUUGGUGCCUACUUGUAUCUCUACAUACCUACCUAGAUCAAGUAAACAACGCUGUAGUCUGAUAAGAAAUAAUUUGGUCUCUUAUGAAAGAUGAUUGCAAAAUGUGUAAUCCACUAUUGCUUGUGAUAUUCAUAUCUUAAUCAUUGAGUAAAUUUAUACACAGUCA